CCUCGCCGCCCUCCCCGCAGGCAGCCUGGGCACGGACACGGAGGAGCGUUUGGUCGAGUACCUGCUGGACCCGGCGCGCUACAACAAGCUGAUCCGCCCGGCCACCAACGGCUCGCAGCUGGUCACCGUGCAGCUCAUGGUGUCGCUGGCGCAGCUCAUCAGCGUGCACGAGCGGGAGCAGAUCAUGACCACCAACGUGUGGCUGACGCAGGAAUGGGAGGACUACCGCCUCACCUGGAAGCCGGAGGACUUCGACAACAUGAAGAAGGUUCGCCUGCCCUCCAAGCACAUCUGGCUGCCUGACGUGGUGCUCUACAACAACGCCGACGGGAUGUACGAGGUGUCCUUCUACUCCAACGCGGUGAUCUCCUACGACGGCAGCAUCUUCUGGCUGCCGCCCGCCAUCUACAAAAGCGCCUGCAAGAUCGAGGUGAAGCACUUCCCCUUCGACCAGCAGAACUGCACCAUGAAGUUCCGCUCCUGGACCUACGACCGCACUGAGAUCGACCUGGUGCUGAAGAGCGAGGUGGCCAGCCUCGACGACUUCACGCCCAGCGGCGAGUGGGACAUCGUGGCGCUGCCGGGGCGGCGCAACGAGAACCCCGAUGACUCCACCUACGUGGACAUCACCUACGACUUCAUCAUCCGGCGCAAGCCGCUCUUCUACACCAUCAACCUCAUCAUCCCCUGCAUCCUCAUCACCUCCCUGGCCAUCCUCGUCUUCUACCUCCCGUCCGACUGCGGCGAGAAGAUGACGCUCUGCAUCUCCGUCCUGCUCGCCCUCACCGUCUUCCUGCUGCUCAUCUCCAAGAUCGUGCCGCCCACCUCGCUGGAUGUGCCGCUGGUGGGCAAGUACCUCAUGUUCACCAUGGUACUGGUGACCUUCUCCAUCGUCACCAGCGUCUGCGUGCUCAACGUGCACCACCGCUCGCCCACCACGCACACCAUGCCGCCCUGGGUGCGCACCCUCUUCCUUCACAAGCUCCCGGCGCUGCUCUUCAUGAAGCAGCCGCGGCAGAACUGCGCGCGGCAGCGCCUGCGCCAGCGCCGGCACACCCAGGAGCGCGCCACCGCCACGCUCUUCCUCCGGGCCAGCGCCCACGCCUGCGCCUGCUACGCCAACCCCGGAGCCGCCAAGGCCGAGGGGCUCAACGGCUACCGGGAGCGGCAGGGGCAGGCGCCGCCCCCCCCGGCCCCCUGCGGCUGCGGGUUGGAGGAGGCAGUGGAGGGCGUGCGCUUCAUCGCCGACCACAUGCGCAGCGAGGACGAUGACCAGAGCGUGAGCGAAGACUGGAAGUACGUGGCCAUGGUCAUCGACCGCCUCUUCUUGUGGAUCUUUGUCUUCGUCUGCGUCUUCGGCACCGUCGGCAUGUUCCUCCAGCCCCUCUUCCAGAACUACGCCACCAACUCCCUGCUGCAGCUCGGCCAGGGCACCCCCACCUCCAAAUAGUGCCGGGGGCCGCCCGCCCUCCCCGCCAGCCCCCAAGUGCCGGGGACAGCGGGGGACCCUGGGCUCACUGCCCGCGCCCCACAGCAGAGCCAGGCGGGCAGGUCCUGGGGCUGGGCGCUGGGCUCCAGGCAGCCGCUGCAAACUAAUAAAUACUCACACAGGAGGG